AAUGUUUUGUACACUCACUGUAGUUUGUGAAAACAUGCAUCAGUAAUGCCCAACUAUGCCAGAACAUGUCCAGUCCAAUGUUGGCAUUGGCGAGAGCCUUGUUCCAGAUUAAAGAGUAAGCCCAAAUUAAUAUUUUUUAUUACUAUGCUCAAAGAAACCGCCUAGGUUAGAUAUGACAAUAAAAUGGAGGUCUAUAAUAUAAUUUGUCCUGUGUAAUAAAUUACGCAUUUGGUGAAUGGGUGGAGAAAGAUGGGAGAAAAAGAGACCACAGCAAGCAGAAAAGAAAAGAGAGAGAGAGUUCAAAUAAACAAGGGAGAGACAAAAAGAGUGAUUGGAGGAUUGGAGUAUAAGGGAGCGCAAGCAAGGAAGAGAACGAAUCCUUCAAUAAAGGUAGCAGGCAGCACAUCCUUAGAGCCACAGGAGAGAUAUACAUACAGCAUCACUCAAGGAACCUCAAACGCCACAAGAUUAUGAAGAUUUGAGAUAUAUUUGAGAGGCGAAACACAGCGGCGACAUAUCGAAAGCCUGGAUUAGUUGCCUUUUCAUUUCAUUUCAUUUUGCCCAGCCUCCAGCAUGGGGACAGAGUGCAGUCGGCGGGGGUCCCUGGCGCUCACCCUCAACAUUGUAGCAUUUACGUGUGCCCUGUCAGCAGUGACCACUAGCUUCUGGUGCGAGGGGACCAGGAAGGUGGUCAAGCCUUUCUGCACGGGGCCGGUGACGACCAGGCAGUCGUACUGCAUUCGCUUCAACAGCAGUAACAUCAAUGACAGCCGGCUGGUGCAGUACAUCUGGGAGUCGGGAGAAGAGAAGUUCCUGAUGAGGAAGUUCCACACCGGCAUCUUCUUCUCCUGUGAGCAGGCUGCUGACAUGAAUGGUAAAUAACGUUCAUGUACAACUUGCAGAAAUGUUGAAAUAGAACAUGCGACUAUGUUGGCCACUCAGCAGCUGGUCCUGUGUGACCAUGCUCUCUAAACCUGAUGUGGUUUGGGUACAUUACAACAGGAAGUGAAUG